GGUAAAUAGAUCGUUUAAAAAUAAGUUAAUCUUAUUAAAAUACUACAAAAAUAUUGAAUUAGUCUUAACACUUCUACGUCUACUCAAAAUAACCUCAACAGUAUAUCAAGAUGCCAGAACUGACUGAACUUGACAAGGCCACCGCCUCUAUGACCGAGAAGCGCAAAGAAGAGACUGCAUCAUCUGACAGUGACUCUGAUGACAACAUUCCAGAAUUGGAAGAUGCAGGUGCACCAGAUGCAGGUGGAAUCACAAACCCGAUUGCUGGAAUUGACAUCGUCAGCAAAUCGAAACAGUCUCGUGGUGAGAAGAAGGCCAGAAAGAUAAUGAGUAAACUCGGUCUCAAACCAGUACAAGGAGUAGAGAGAGUGACAAUCAGAAAAUCAAAGAACAUUCUCUUUGUCAUUAACUCACCUGAUGUAUACAAGAAUCCUCAUUCAGACACCUACAUUGUUUUUGGUGAAGCCAAGAUUGAAGAUUUGUCCACACAGGCCACCAUGGCUGCAGCAGAGAGAUUCAAGGCACCAGAGACCACAGCCACUGGCAAUGACGCUUCCACAACUGGAACGACGGUAGCACCAAUAGCAGAAGAAGAAGACGAAGAAGGAGUAGACGAGACUGGAGUUGAUGAGAAGGACGUGGAGAUAGUAAUGUCCCAGGCGAACGUCUCUCGAGCGAAAGCAGUCCGAGCGCUCAAGAACAACCAAUCUGACAUUGUUAAUGCAAUUAUGGAGCUAACAAUGUAGGAGAAGCCUUCGUCACAAUAUCUUAUGUCACUGCUGUUAGUUUUAAGUCGCUCUCAACAUUAGCAACUGGACGAAAAGUCGAAUGAACACAUGCAUAAUAGGCGAUAUAUUGAACUGUAUACUCGAAGUGAAAAAAAAUAUCAUAAGUAGUGUCUGUACAAUCUGCAAAUUUAAAGUGAUUUGGUUUGGCCACAUUUCUUUUUAGUAAUGUAUGCAAGUGUAGGCUAACGUUUUGUUUUCAUUAAUGUAUGCAACUGUAGGCCAACAUCAACAUGGUCACACCCAAAAAGAAUUCAUGAAACGGUAACGGAAACAUUUGUUGAAAUAUGAACUUUUUUUUAACCUAUGAAACUGGGAUAAGACAACGCAUUAACAACUAGGUACGCUCCCUUAGUGGUUGAUGUGGUUUUUAUAGGUGAAGGCCAACAGCAUACAAUAAUUGGAAAGAUAGAAUCAUAUAAAGAAAAGAUACAAUACUUAUGUACAAUUUGUAAAAAUAAUAACAAUAAAAGAUAGAUAAGAUAGAAAUAUCGCUCAUUAUGUAUGUAAAAUACGCAUUUAAGAACAAGGAAGUUCGUCCUUCGUGUUGGAAUCCAAAGUAUGCCUCGGUCAAGGUGUACUGAUUGAAUGUACAUAGGCUUAAAAUUUGAAAUAAUAAAAGUAUUGGAAUUUGCA